UAACAUUAUGGUACUCGCUCAUUUUGUCUUAAUACUUUCUAUCUAUUCUUCAAUCACCAUCAACACAACCCCCACUAGAAGGGAAACUCAACCAAGCAAAACCCAUUUGCAAAAACCUUCAUGAUUUCCCAUUUUUAAUCACAACAUAGCCAUUAAUUGUGCAGUGACCAUUAUAUUUUUUCUUUUUCCUCUUCUUUAUAUCUAUAGUCAUUUUGUUACAAGAAAUCAUCAACUUAUUGAGAAAAAAGAACAUCUUUAAACCUUAAGAGUUAAAAUAUUUUCAUCCAUUGACUCUGUUCAUUCUUGUCUCACGUUGGAAUUGUAUCUUGAUUAUAUUAUAGUUAAGAUCCAAAGCCUGUUCGUGCUAUGGACUUAACCUGUAGCAGCAACCCCACCCCUACCCCCACAAAAACCCCAGAUUCAGAAAUUGAUACCCCACCUUUGAUUAAGCCUUUAUCAUUCAGUAACAUAACAUUCAACAACCACCACCAUCACAACCAACAGGUAAUAUACAAAGAAUGUUUGAAAAACCAUGCAGCAAGUAUAGGUGGACAUGCUGUUGAUGGUUGUGGUGAAUUUAUGGCUUCACCUGAUUCCACACCAUCAGAUCCCAUUUCACUUAAAUGUGCUGCUUGUGGCUGCCACCGCAAUUUCCACCGCCGCGAACCGUUCGAUAAUUCACAUUUUCUUGAUUUACGCCACCAUAUUUUGGCCCCAAUUAGGCGGUUUUCGCCAUCUCCGUCACCAUCUGAUGAAAUGGAUCUUGAACCUAACUCAAUUGCGAAAAUUAGGUCAAAAGGUGAUAUUAAAGAGACUAUUCAUUUCUUGAAUGGUCGAUGUGGGACAUUUGACACGUUGCAACAACAACCUGUUACACCUAGUAGAGGUGUAAAAGGAGAGAAUCUAAGUGGGAGAAAGAGAUUUAGGACUAAAUUUACUACAGAACAGAAAGAGAAGAUGCAUUUGUUUUCAGAGAAAUUAGGGUGGAAAUUGCAGAAGUGUGAUGAAGCUGCAGUGGAUGAGUUUUGUAAUGAAAUUGGAGUUGGUAAAGGUGUUCUUAGAGUUUGGAUGCACAAUAAUAAGAACACUUUUGGGAAAAAAGAUUUACAAGUUUCCAAUGACAGCAAAAAUGAUAGUUUGGAGAAUAAUAAUGGGUUCAAUAUCAAUGGGACAAGCAGCAAUGAGGAUAAUCAUCAAAACAACAAUGAUAAUAGUACUAGUAAUUGUGGACUUCAUCUUCAUAUUUCCACUAAUGGGUCUUCUUCUUCAUCCUAAUUUAGUGCUUUUGUAAUAGAAAACUAUGUUUUUUUUUUUUUUUGUUAUCACUAGCAGCUGUAACAUGUUCAUGGAAAUGAGACCAAGAACAGGGAAUAUUAAUGAUAUAUUAAGAUGUUUUAUGUCUA